CGCGUUAUUUCUCCGCUGUAGAGGGAGACAUGGCGACGUCCCUGAUCUGCGGCCGUUUGACGGCUAGCCUGAGAAACUCAGGGGCCAGAAACACUAUCAGCUCCGCUUCAAAGGUCCUCGGCGGUACUUCAGGUCUUCUUGGAGGCCAUGUGUCCCAGGUGCAGCCCCCCCACCUGCAGCAGCAGCAGAGGAACCUGUCCCUUCAUGAGUACAUGAGCAUCGGGCUGCUGAAGGAGGCCGGCAUCGCUGUUCCUGCCGGCAUGGUGGCCAGCUCCUCCGAUGAGGCCUACAGUGUGGCCAAGCAAAUCGGUUCAAAGGACCUGGUGGUGAAAGCUCAGGUUCUGGCCGGUGGCAGAGGGAAGGGGACUUUCGAGGGCGGACUGAAGGGAGGAGUGCGGAUCGUCUACUCGCCAGAGGAAGCUCGAGACAUUUCCUCUCAGAUGAUUGGUCGCAAGCUGUACACCAAGCAGACGGGGGAGGCGGGUCGUAUCUGUAACCAGGUGUUCAUCUGCGAGCGCAGGUAUCCACGCAGAGAGUACUACUUCGCCAUCACCAUGGAGCGCGCCUUCCAGGGCCCCGUGCUGAUUGGCAGCUCUCAGGGGGGCGUGAACAUCGAGGAUGUGGCGGCAGAAAACCCGGACGCCAUCGUGAAAGAGCCCAUCGACAUCGUGGAGGGAAUAAAGAUGGAGCAGGCUGUCAAGGUGGCGCAGAAGAUGGGCUUCCCUCCAGCUCUGAUCAACGAGGCUGCAGAGAGCAUGAUCAAACUUUACAACGUGUUCAUCAAGUACGACGCAUCCAUGGUCGAGAUCAACCCCAUGGUGGAGGACUCAUCUGGCAUCGUGAUGUGCAUGGACGCCAAGAUCAACUUUGACUCCAACGCAGAGUACCGACAGAAGAAGGUGUUCGAGAUGCAGGACUGGACCCAGGAGGACCCCCGAGACCGACAGGCCGCCAAGGCUGACCUCAACUACAUCGGCCUGGACGGGACCAUCGGCUGUCUGGUGAAUGGAGCUGGUCUCGCCAUGGCCACCAUGGACAUCAUCAAGCUGCACGGCGGCACUCCGGCUAACUUCCUGGAUGUAGGGGGUGGAGCCACAGCUCAUCAGGUGACCGAGGCCUUCAAGCUCAUCACCUCGGACAGAAAGGUUCAGGCCAUCCUCGUCAACAUCUUCGGCGGCAUCAUGAGGUGUGAUGUCAUUGCUCAGGGCAUCAUCAUGGCAGUGAGGGACCUGGACCUCAAGAUCCCCAUUGUAGUACGGUUACAAGGAACGAGAGUGGACGACGCCAAAGCUCUGAUCGCGGCCAGUCCGCUGAAAAUCCUGGCCUGUGACGACCUGGACGAAGCCGCCAAAAUGGUUGUAAAGCUAUCUGAAAUCGUCUCUCUGGCUAAAGAAGCUCAGGUGGACAUCACCUUCCAGCUGCCCAUCUAGAAACCUCAAGUCUGGACCUCCUCACCAUGUCCUCCACACCUCUGUCUGUCACAGCGGCUCAUCACUCCUCCCCCUCCAGAAAACAGACUGCAAGAGCCCCCCCCCCCCCCCCCCGCUCCUGAGAGGAGACCGCUCCCCCAGGAGACCAUUAGUUUGUUUUUCUUCCUCUGUGGCAUGAUGGUACGACCGCACACACGAGUUCUCUGUCUCCACCCUACUCAAACCUACAAACUCAUGUUGCACUUGAGUCGAAACGCACAAAACCUUCACCUCUGACUCCCCUCUCCUUGAUCUAUUUCUGGCAGAUCUUCCUCCGCCGUGUUUCAGAAAAUGAAAAACAGCGAGCUAGAGAGUUUUAAUGCUGGACGAAGCGGCUUUCACGCUCAUAGUUUUUACUGUUAUGAGACGGGGCUGCAGAUUAGAGCUGUUACAUGUAUAAGAAGUUAAAGGCAUCAUGAUUAAAGGAUUGUACAAACACACACACACACACACACAGAUUUGCGUGCAUGCCUCUUCAAUGUGUUGUUGCUGAAACAGAAUAAAGAGCAGAUCUGUACCAUCGAAGAAGAACUUUGACGCAUUUAAUCGAGCAAACAAAUCUAGACGAGCUGGAAACACAUACGUCGUCUUUCACCGCGCUGCGUCUCCGUCUGAUAAAAUAAAGAAGAACUCUGCAGCACAGAUUCAAUAAUUACACAGUUCAGACACAGAAAGUGUUUCUCCCUGCAGGCGCCUUCACAUUACUCCGUCAUCCGUCUUCUCCUAAAAGCAGACGUGUUUAUCAGAUUCUCUCACAUCUCUCCUCUUUCUCUCGGCUACCAGAAGGGAACACACACGAGAUCUUUUCUUCUGGUUUUACUGUAAAGCAGAGCUGUGCAGGAGCAGAUAGUUUGAGAUGAACGUGACCAGGGCGUGUUCAAAGAUCGCUGUUUUCUGUACAGACUCUUAUAGGUGAACGUUAGCCACACUAGCAGCUCUGCUAACGCUCUUAGUCCAGCCUGAAAGAUGGAAACAUCUUCCCAUUGAUUCUGUGACCACAUUCCCAUGAGCCUCUUCUGGAUCUAACAAUAUCGUUUAUGGUUUCGAUACCACAGCAACCAAAACUUAAAAGGUUCCAGGCAAUCUCCUGCACAUCGUCUAAAUUACACAAAUAUGUUGGAAGUGUUUGUGAGCCAUAUAGACAGUUUUAAAAAGCUUUGAAAAGCUUAGUUAGCAUCCAGAGUGCAGCGUCACAGAGCAGCUAGUGAUUGAAUACUGCUGAUUACAUAUUUGUUUCUCCAUGCAGAGAAAAUCACAACGUGUUCACAUGACCCCAAAAUGUAUCUGUUUUUUUCACUUUCAAACACAGAGGGAGUGAAGAACUCCAAACUCUGCCUUCUGCAGGUUUAAACACAGAGCGUCUCACUCUGUCGGAAUCAUCCACAAACUAAAUCUGGUCCAUGGCUCAUCGGUUGGAGAUCGUGGCUUGAGGACAUUUUUAACGUUUAGCUUUGAUUUGGCCUCAGAGUUGGUCAAACUCUGCUUUAGUUUUCAGGAGUUCUUAACCGUGUUGGAGGUUCAGUCCGCUCCCAGCAUGAUGGAUAAUAAAGUCCUCAAGCGUGGAGUUAACUUGCCUCGCACUGUCGACCUCUCGGCUUUGAACGAGUCGCUCUGUUAUUCUGAAAUAUCAGACGUGACACCUGUGGACUGUGCUGGAUCGAUCUCUGCUGCAGAGGUCUAUGCCGGUAUUGAUGAACUAUCCUCCAGUUUCAGCUCGUUUUCCGUCUCCCCUGAUGUCUUCUUCUUUUUUUUUAUUCAGUGUUCCCAGAGAAAAACCUCCUGGGAGAGUAAAAGUAUAGUCGACUGAACACCACAUCGCUUUGAUUUCCUGCGAUCUUUCUGUGUUUCUCGCUCUGUUGAUUUCAGACACGGGGGGGGGGGGAAGAGUUCUUCUCUUUUUCUGACUCUGAUGGGUUUUUUUAUGCUGAAUGAGCAGAUGUGCAUCGUAUGACUCCAGGGAGAGACUCCUGCUCCUGCUUAAGUGAAGCAUGCUUUAUGCUGUUUAGAUUCUCGCCGUGUUGGAGGCAGACGAUGUAGAAGUCCUCGUUGAGCUGAACUACUGCAGCACGAGUUGAGUUGGAAGUUUUCCGUCUCUUUUGGAUGUUUGGUGUUACAGAAAAGUGGCCUGUUGGAGACACUGGAUGUUUGUGUUUCUGUGUAUUUAUUGCUUCAAAGUUAAACGGAGUUUUUUGCAGCGUCUGCCGGCCGUGUAUCGUCAGUCUGCCAUCAUGCCACGCCCCGAGGACACAUUUACUCUUUUGUUUCUGAUGCAAUUUCACUUUGGGCCGCUUGUGUCCUCUCAGAAGAACGGUAAAAUGACUGUAGUUGUUUCCUCCUCCUCCUCUUCCUCCUCCUCCUUCAGCGCUCCGAACACAAGCAGACAUUGUGAGUUGUACGUCAUUUAUUAUAUCUUGUAAAUAAUCAAACUGAUGUUCUCGCUCUGUAACAUAUUUAUGCUCCUCGCACGGAGUACGACAAAAAAAUGUUGAAAAAAAUAAAUGCAGAGGACGCCAACUUU